CUCGGCGUCUAAAAGGCGGGCUAUAAGAAGGGCGGGCGGCGGACACUCUGACACCAUUGUGUGUGGGUGUAAGUAGUGUCGCCACAAACUGGCCGUGCUAAACAAGGCAUCCCACAAGGACAAUGGCACCCCUGCACCAGCUACUCUCACUGCUCGCCCUCGCCGGGCUGGCGCGCAGCAGGUACAUCGUGCCGGGGGCGAGGUGGCGCGACACGGACGGUGAGCUGGUCAACGCGCACGCGGGCGGCAUCACGUUCGAGGAGCGCACGGGCAAGUUCUGGUGGUUCGGCGAGUACAAGGUGCAGGGGCGGGAGGAGGGCGGCGGCGUGGCGGCGUACAGCUCCGACGACCUGGCGACGUGGGAGCACCACGGGCUGGCGCUGGCCCCCGUGCCCGGCCACCCCUACAUCGACACCAAGCACAUCAUCCAGCGGCCCAAGGUGGUGCACUCCAAGGCCACGGGCAACUACCACAUGUGGUGGCACGCCGACAACUCGACCUACGGCUGGCUGCUGCAGGGCCUCGCCACGUCGCCCAACAUCUCGGGCCCCUACACCUUUGUCGACGCCACGACGCCGCUGGGGAACUGGUCGCAGGACUUUGGCAUCUUCACCGACUACAAGGACGGGCGGUCGUACUCGCUCUACUCCAACGGCGACCGCGUCGAGGCGCGCGACAACUACAUCGCGAGCUUCAACGAGGCCGUCACGGGGCUGGACGCCGUCGUGCACCGCUUCCACAAGUACGACCUCGAGGCGCCCACCAUCGUGCAGACGGACCGGUCCUACUACGUGCUCAUGUCGCACAAGACGGGCUACCGCCCCAACGACGUCGUGGCCAUGCGCGCCGACUCGCUCUCGGGCCCCUGGUCGCAGCCCUUCAACAUCGCGCCGCCCUACACGCGCACCUUCAGCUCGCAGUCGGGCUUCAGCCUGCGCAUCGUCGGCACCGAGGCCACCACGCAUCUGUACAUUGGCGACCAGUGGGACAACAACUCGCUCUGGGAGAGCCGGUACAUCUGGCUGCCGCUCGUCAUCGACGACGACAAGAAGACCAUCGAGGCCGUCUGGCACGACGUGUACGACCUGAAUGUCAAGACGGGCCGCUGGGCGCCCGUCGAGCCCGUGGCAACCUACUAUGCCAAGGACGCGGCCACGACGGGCGAGGCCUUCAAGCAGGAGGCCAACUUUGCCAGCGGCGGCGUCAUCGUCACGGGCAUCCACGGCAACGACAGCAAGGUGACGUUUAGUAACGUGCAGGGGACGGGGAAGCCGCAGUGGGUGUCGUUCUACUACCAGAACACGGACGACAUGGGGUUCGGCAACCAGCCGGGCGGGACGCCGGACCGCGUGGGCGGCAAGUGGCAGCUGCGGCGCAUCGCCAGCGUCGUGGUCAACGGGGACGAGUCCAGGCUCGAGACGCUGUACCAGCGCGACACCAACAAGGGCGUCGUGCUCUCGGCGCCGCUGCUGCUGACGCUGGCCGAGGGCGGCAACAACACCAUCUCCAUCGGCGGGCUGCACAACGGGUUCGACUACAAGGGUGCCGACAUCGACAGGAUCGUCGUGUAUCCGCCCGAGGACCACAAGCCGGGCUGUCUGAGCAGGAGGAGGAGCACCUAGGUAGUAGUGGUUUAGUUACCCGACCCUGAGUAAGGUAGUCGACGGCGCGCCUAUACACGCGUCAAAACACUCCGAGUUAGGAUGAUCCCG